UGGAAGCAGUCGUAGGAGUCGGACGUGUUUGCGGAUAAAAUUCGAGUGGCGUACGAAAAGUAAGACACGUGGCGGACCAGAUCCACUCCAACGCGAUCAGUGACACAGAGGAGACCCUGCAUCGAUACUACACUUAGAUCCUGCAUCUACGCUGCACCCACGGGGAAGAAGAGGCUUUCGACGAGUACAAGCGUGGGAGUUCAGGGAAUCGACUGAAGACAUGAAGCGUCUAAGAGACGGAAGGCAAGCUCGGCCCCUAGGGGCAAAUGGUGAUACGACGGGACACCAUAGCGGAGACCAGCUGCCUGAAGUCCCGGCACCUGCCAACGAACCAACGACAAGCCGGGCUCGCGGCUGGAUCGUCGACCCCAAUGGGCCAUCCGCCUCCCGUCAAGCCCAGCUGAGGCGGGUCGGAGAGGCGCCACUUCGACAACAGGACAGGAUGCCAUGGGGACAGCAAGCGGCAGCCAUCCAAGGGUGGAUCGACCAACAAACCCAGGACCCGGGGACCGACGCCGAAGAGAAAGUAGAGCCCGAUGGCCGCUUCGCAACUGCAGGUGUCCGCUCGGCGCCCAAUCACGACGUCGCCGCCCUGAAUCGCCGUUGGUUCGGGAGUUAUGGGGCUGCCAUCGAGGACGACAACGCGACAACGGACACCGAUGAGCACGAGACGAUAAUACGCGACGCUCAAAGCCUGGCGUCCACGCUGCAGGACGAAGGGAACAGACACCCACUGGCUCGCGGAAACGAAUGGGACUCGCCCCUUUGGGCCGAGUGGAACCUGGCCGAUCAAGGUCGGGCAGCCACCCCUCCAGCAGUACACCACGAGGACGAAUUCGGGGACGGUGCUGGACCACACUACUCCGACGUGUCCCACGCAAGCGAUACAGGGGGGGAAGUAGGACCCCAACGCGACGACGGAGGGUCCGAUUCCGGGUCCCUCAUGAGCCUGGGCUUCGCGCCCCAGGCGAACCAGCAUCAUCCGUUUGGAAGCAGUCGUAGGAGUCGGACGUGUUUGCGGAUAAAAUUCGAGUGGCGUACGAAAAGUAAGAUACGUGGCGGACCAGAUCCACGCCAACGCGAUCAGUGACACAGAGGAGACCCUGCAUCGAUACUACACUUAGAU